AGUGUGGGAGUGUUGGGAAACUAAAUUCCCAAUUCAGAACGCAAUAAUAAAAAAGCCUCAGAAGCUUUUCUUCUUUUUAUAACUAUGAAUCAAAAGGGCGCCGUACUCUUCCUACGCUUUCUUCUUCAUUAAGAUCGCCGCUAGAUUUUCUCUCCCUUUACUACUCCAACGUCACACGCACUCUCUCUGCUCAGCACACAAACAUUUAACACUCUCAGAUGCAAAGCUUCAAACAUCUUCCUCCCCCUGAAAUGUACUGCCACUCUUCCUUCUUCCUCAGAGGAGAAGAUGGUAGCCGGAACCAGGCACGUUUUCGUUAUCUUGGAGAACUUGAUCAAACAGCUUCUGCUUUUCAUCCUGAUGAUGCUAUUGAUUUAAGCCCAAACUCCAUGUUCAGUUUAAAAUCAGGCAAUGUUGCUGUUUUGUCCAAUAACUUCAACUAUGAUCCUGCCCUGAACACUAGUAUUGGGUCUGCAGAGAUAGCAACGACAGGAACAGGGUGUUUGGACACAGGGCAAUACAUGCACCCCAAGGGGACAACGAUUGUUUCCUCGUUGGGAAACGGGCAUAGUAUUGAAAACUGGGGGCACUCAGGGAUGGCAGAUAAUGGCCAACAGACUGACACUUCUACGGAUGUUGAUACUGAUGAUAGAAAUCAGCUUCAUGGAGUCCAGCAUGGUCCAGUUGUGGUUGUGGAUUCCAGGCCAAAAACUGGUGAUCAAAAGACUCUUCGAAGGCUGGCUCAGAAUCGUGAGGCUGCAAGGAAGAGUCGACUUAGGAAGAAAGCCUAUGUCCAGCAGCUCGAGACUAGUCGACUCAGGCUUGCACAAUUAGAGCAAGAGCUUCAAAGAGCUCAGCAGCAGGGAGUUUUCGUUGCUACUGGAUUUUCUGGGGAUCAUGGGUCUGGAAAUGGGGUUGUUGUAUUUGACAUGGAGUAUGCACAUUGGCUUGAGGAACAUCAACGGUUAAUCAGUGAUCUACGAGCAGCUGUCAGUUCUCAUAUGGGUGACAAUGAAUUACACCUGCAUGUUGAUGGUGUAAUGGCACAUUAUGAUGAAAUAUUCCGGCUAAAGAGCAUUGGCACAAAGGCUGAUGUAUUUCACAUGCUUUCAGGCAUGUGGAAGACACCUGCUGAGAGAUGUUUCAUGUGGUUGGGUGGGUUCAGAUCUUCAGAGCUUCUUAAGAUACUUGGGAACCAUCUCGAACCCUUGACGGAUCAACAGAUAAUGGGCAUAUGCAAUCUGCAGCAGUCCUCUCAACAGGCGGAAGAUGCCUUGUCUCAAGGAAUGGAAGCUUUGCAACAGUCACUUGUAGACACGCUUUCAUCUACCUCUCUGGGCUUUGCUGGUUCUGGAAAUGUUGCCGAUUACAUGGGCCAAAUGGCAAUCGCAAUGGGCAAGCUUGCAACGCUAGAGAACUUCCUUCACCAAGCUGAUCUGUUAAGGCAGCAAACUCUGCAACAAAUGCGUCGAAUUUUGACAACACGUCAGGCUGCUCGAGCCCUUCUUGUAUUCGGUGACUACGCUUCUAGACUCCGGGCACUCAGCUCCUUAUGGCUAGCACGCCCUAGAGAUUGACAAUUCCUCGUUCGCAAAUUUUCCAGUGCUAUGAAAUAUUGAGCUAUAUAACCUCAUCAUUACUCGGAGUAGAUGAGGAUAUUUGGAGAUGGGCUAGCAUCCUUGGAACCAUUCUUGCAAAGCUACAGUUCACUUAUAAUUUGUCUAUCUUAAAAGGGGAAGUUCGGCAUCUUAUACAAAUGUCUGCGUUGAGAAGAAUUCUUGUACUUAGUAGUAUCUUGAGGGUACUGCUUAGGUGGGGAUAUAUAAUCAGCUCGUAUCCUCCUGGCUAUGGUGGUGAGACAAAUUUGCCAAGUUCCAUGAUCCGACACUGAUCUUUACAUGUUAAGAGUGAUAACUGGCACCUAAGUCGAUCAUUUGGCGCUGUCCUCAAACUCAAUUCACUUUCUGUUAUGAAUUCAAAGGGUAUCACUGUUAUUACAGUCAAUCAAUGUGAAUAUUGUUGCUCUUUGCAAGUCUGUCUAAAACAGCAACGUCAAAGAUUACAUUUUAGAUCUAU